GGUCUGUGCUGCUCCUACCGGGCCUCCGUCCGUCUUCCGCGUUUCUGCAGCGCUAUGGCGAACGAGCAGCAGCAGCAGGAGGGAGUGGAGCAGCACGGAGGAGCAGGACCAGAGGAGAAGGGAGGCAGUGCGAAAAGUAACACGGUCUCUUCCAGCACCGGCCCCGGGGGAGGCCUGGGGAAGCGCCCGGCCGAAGGCAGCAGUACGGCGGGGGAUCAGCGCAGGAAACAGGCCGUGCCCUUCAAAAUCUCCAAACCGAGCAUCAGUACGACCAGCCCGAUUCUGAAGAAGCCUGCCCCCAUCUCCAUCAAGCUGGGAGCUAGUAAACCGAAGGAAGCUGCUCCUCCCCCAGCCGUCAAAAAGCCUGCAUCCGUAUUCAACGAGGACAGUGAUGAUAGUGAACCCGAGGAGAUGCCUCCAGAAGCCAAGAUGAGGAUGAAAAAUAUAGGAAGGGACACACCCACUUCUGCCGGCCCCAAUUCCUUUAACAAAGGCAAGCAGGGGUUCUCGGACCAUCAGAAGCUCUGGGAGAGGAAGCUGAAAGCCCAGACAGACCAGUAACUCUGGAAAGGUGCAGCUUGUGAAGAUCGAGAGGGUUUUCUUUUUUCUUUUCUUUUCUUUUUCUUUGUUUUUGGCUUUGAAAUCUUUUGUCAUUUUGUCUCUUUGUUUUUUGAUGAUGUGUGUAAAAAUGUACAUAUGUAAUGGGAUGUUUCCACUAUAAAGCGUCUUUUUAAUGUAGGUAUGUUUGUGAUUUUUACCACCAUGCUGUGGUUUAAAGUUAAUAAUAAUAAUAAUAAAUAAAAUCCUUCUUUUCAAACGAAAUCUCUUUAUAGAGAUGAAGAUUACGAUCCAGAUUCACAUCCAGCUGUCUGUAUAGGCCAACAUUCAGUGACGUUAAAUUAGAAUCAUUAAUGACUGAUAGCAUAGGACAGAGAUUAGCAGUGAGUGUAAGGAAUGGGUGUGAGAAGUUGAUUGAAUGUGUGCUGUCCACAUUGUGACCCAUUUUGGUUUUGUUUUGGAAAGAGCAUUAAAGCUGAUUGAAGAGACAA